CCCGCGGCCACUGGCCUCCACCGGCCCAUCCUGGGCGGCGGCGGGGGAACGCAGCGCACAUGGAGGUGCCGGGCCGCUGCAUCGCCUUGCUGCUGCUCCUGGCUUCGUGCACUGGGUGCACGGCCGCCCCGCGGAGGAGCAUCCCUCGCCGUCAAGCAGAUAGGCUGGGGCCUCCUCUUGACAUUCUGCUGGACUCAGUGAACUGCACAGCGUUCAGUGUGCAAUGGAGGAUGCCGAAGCAGCACGCCAGCACCAUCACAGGAUACACGGUAUUUUACUCAGAAGUUGAAGAUGAUAAGGCAGUUAAACAACUCUCACAUGAUGUUCCCUUGAGUUUGGAUAUGCUUAGCAUGGGUCAACUUGAAGGACAAGCAAUUUUUGAAGUUGUUAUCAGUGACCUAAAGCCAGGCACUCCGCAUCGCGUUAGCGUUGGAGCAUAUGGCUGGGCAGGGAAAGGACGACCCAGCAUGCCCAGAGAUGUGACAACUUUGUCCCAAGAUAAGUGCAUGCCCCCUGCACCACCGUAUCAGCCACAGAUCAUGGUAGUUUCUGAUUCAGAGGUUGCGUUAUCCUGGAAGCCUGGAGAGAGUGAAGGAAGUUCUCCCAUCCAAUACUACAUGGUGGAGUUUAUCAGGCCAGACCUUGACAGCAAUUGGACAGUAAUAAGAGAGCAGAUCCAGAUGGAGUCCAUGGUUCUGAAAGGACUUCUCCCCAACACCAAGUAUCAGUUUGCCGUCCGAGCAGCCAACUCCUACGGAUUCAGCCCUGCCAGUGCACUGAGUGACAUCAUCCGAACAUUCAGCUCAGAGGAGUUAGGAAGUGGAAGUCAUGGGCAUCGGUAUAUCACAGACACAGUGACUGGUGAUGAUGAUGGAUUUGAUAUCGAUGACUCAGACUACGACAUCUACAUAGAAGAGCUGAGGCCUCUUCCUGCUAUCAAAGGAGGGAACAGAAAAUUUCUAGUCAAAACUAAGGUCACACCAGGGUCUAGUUCCAGGCUUCUGUCACGAGUCCUUACAACCACUUCUGAGCUUACUACAUCCACACCCACCACCACAAGGCCACCAGCCACAGCGAGAGUGACUACCACUCAGGCAGUGGGCAGGGGUGCCAUGCCUUCUGCCACACGGCUGCUUGACCUCUCCUGCGAUGAGGCUGUCUGUUCUGCAGACAGCUUUUGUAUCAAUGACUACGAUCGAGGUGGCUCACGCUGUCAUUGCAAUUUGGGAAAAGGAGGAGAAACCUGUGAGGAAGAUAUUACUAUCCAGUAUCCUCAGUUCUUUGGCUACUCAUACAUCACCUUUGAACCACUGAAAAACUCCUAUCAGACAUUUCAAAUUACCCUUGAAUUCAAGGCUGAAUCAGAAGAUGGUUUGCUGCUAUACUGUGGGGAAAACGAACACGGUCGCGGUGAUUUCGUGUCGCUGGCAAUCAUCCGACGUAGCAUCCAGUUCAGAUUUAACUGUGGCACUGGAGUUGCAGUCAUAACAAGUGAAAACAAAAUCAAACUUGGAAACUGGCACAGCGUUACCUUGUUCAGAGAUGGGACGAAUGGCUGGCUCAGGAUGGACAAUGAUGCUCCAGUGGCAGGGAAAUCUCAGGGCCAGUACAGCAAAAUUACAUUCCGAACUCCCUUCUACGUUGGUGGUGCCCCCAGUGUGUACUGGCUGGUCAGAGCCACAGGCACUAACCGUGGGUUUCAGGGCUGUGUUCAGUCACUCAGCGUCAACGGAAAGAUAAUUGAUAUGAGAGCCUGGCCAUUAGGGAAAGCCCUCAGUGGUGCUGAUGUCGGUGAGUGUAGCAGUGGCAUCUGUGAUGAGGCAUCCUGCAUCAACAGUGGUACCUGUGCUGCGAGCAAAGCAGAUUCAUACAUUUGCCUUUGCCCUCUUGGCUUUAAAGGUCAUCAUUGUGAAGAAGCACUCACGUUGGCCAUACCUCAGUUCAACGAGUCCUUAAGAUCAUUUGCCAGCACAGCCUGGCCCUUGGAACCGCAGAACUACCUUUCCUUCAUGGAGUUUGAGAUGAUAUUUCGUCCAGAUUUAGAGACUGGUGUGCUUCUGUACAGCUACGACACCGACAGCAAGGACUUCCUCUCCAUUAACAUGGUGGCUGGUUAUGUGGAGUUCAGGUUCGACUGUGGCUCAGGAACAGCUGUUAUCAGGAGCGAAGAACCUGUCAUUCUGGGUCAGUGGCAUGAGCUGCGAGUGUCUCGCACAGCCAAGAAUGGUAUCUUGCAAGUGGACAAGCAAAAGCCAGUGGAGGGGAUGGCAGAGGGGGCUUUCACACAAAUUAAGUGCAGCUCUGAAAUAUUUAUUGGUGGAGUACCUAGUUAUGAUGCUGUAAAGAAGAACUCUGGGAUCCUCAGACCCUUCAGCGGGAGCAUCCAAAAGAUUAUCUUGAAUGAUCGAGCAAUUGAUGUGAAACGGGAUUUCACUUUUGGAAUCAACCUAGUGAAUGCUGCCCACCCCUGCGUGAGCUCACCAUGUGCAAAUGGAGGCACCUGUGUUCCCAAGAAGGACAGCUAUGAAUGUGACUGUCCCCUGGGCUUUGAUGGGCAGCAUUGCCAAAAAGCCAUUACAGAAGCCAUUGAAAUCCCACAAUUUAUUGGUCGCAGUUACCUCACAUAUGAUAAUCCAGACAUACUAAAAAGAGUAUCAGGAUCAAGAACCAACGUGUUCAUGAGGUUUAAAACCACAAUGAAGGAAGGACUUUUGAUGUGGAGAGGAGACAGUCCCAUGCGACGGAACAGUGAUUUCAUUUCUUUGGGCCUUCAAGAAGGAGCAUUAAUAUUCAGCUACAAUUUGGGCAGUGGCAUUGCUUCCAUCACGGUGAAUGGCUCUUUCAGUGACGGCCGGUGGCACAGGGUCAAGGCUGUUCGGGAUGGACAGUCUGGCAAAGUAACUGUGGACGAUUAUGGUGCUAGGACUGGUAAAUCCCCAGGGAAGAUGAGGCAGCUGAACAUCAAUGGAGAUCUCUAUGUAGGUGGGAUGAAGGAGAUAGCCCUGCACACGAACCGGCAGUACAUGAGAGGCCUGGUGGGCUGCAUCUCCCACCUCACACUUUCAACUGAUUACCACAUCUCACUCGUGGAGGAUGCCACUGAUGGGAAGAACAUCAACACAUGUGGGACCAAGUGACAAGAGAGGAAUCCCAGUGCUGAGGACCCAUCUUGUGCUUGUGUGUGUGGCUGAGCACAAGCUGGCUGCCACAGUCCUCUGUGACCAGCCCGUGUUUGCCAUCUGGAAGGUGACAAAGCCAAAGGGAAACACCAAAAAAAACCCCAAAAAUCCAACACCAAAAAUCACCCAAACCAUCUCCUUUCCUCUCCUUACCUGAACAAACUAAACUGAGUAUUUUGUGUAGGAAGUGUCCCCUCUGCUCUUUAAUGUUUAGGAAACAUUAGGUUGUGCAUUGAUGCAAAUGGCAAAAAAAAAAAAGUGUCAUGUUAUGGGUAGCUCAAUGACUGUGUUGUGGUCCUUAGGCUGUCUGUUGUAAUACCAGAGAAAGCAGUCUUAGCACCUGUGUUCACCCCAGCCUGCACUAGUACUGUGACUGUACUGAAACACUAUCAUCAGGCAGUGCAUCUAUGCAUUCAGAUUUAUGUGCUGGGGUGUGCAGCUCUCUAUGCCACUCCCUGGUUUAGCUAAAUCAUGUUUCGUCCUGUGUAAAUAACAGCUACAGUGACUGGUUUCAAAAUAUUGCUGUUUGUUGAGGAGAAAAAAAAAUUCUUCAAGUCUACUUUUUUUUUUUUUUAAUUGUUAUUAUUAUUACAAGCAACACAAUCAGUGAACCAAUUUUGUAGAAGCGAUUUUAUACUUGUUAUAUUUUUUAUAGCAGAAGCAGACCUGCUUUACAUGGUUAUCACUUUUAACAUUUAGACCUACUAUACAAUUUAGCCCUUUGCACAGUUUCCUAACAAAUAGCAGUGACCUGUGGUUUAAAUUUGUUACAUGAGAAGCUCAAUGUCUGUAUUUUACAGUCUCGAUGGGGAUAUUUGUGAGUUAUGACCAGCUUUAAAUCUUAAUCUUUCUGUUUUGUAAAUUUUGACGGUUCAAAAUUGUACAUUAUUAUGUUUUCUUGUCUUAAACUGAUUAAAAUAUUAGGGAAAGAUUAAAAACAAACAAACAAAGCGUU